AUAAGUACAUUUGAUUGAUUGAAACAGUGAGUAAUCCGAUUAAUAUUUCCUCGAACGACAGCCAAAACAUGACGUCACUCUUAGUCGCUGAAAUCUCUGCGUGGCAGGUCCACAAGUAUCUAAGGGAAAAGGAAUAAGGACAUCUAGAAGAAUACGGAAUCAUGUCGGGAACAUGGCAAUACACUUUUACGCAUUGUGAAAGCAAAAAUGUAGUCGGUUUUGUUGUUUUGUCUUCUCGAUAAGUAGGUAGUCUAGCCCAACUUCGUAAGAGAGAAACGAUUGGCCUGUGUCUACUCUCGCUUCAAUCUGUAUUUUGAGGGCCCCAAGAGUUCGCACGAAGUAACGGUUUUAAGUAAUGGAUCAAUCCUUCGCAAUUCAAGAGAUUUUGGCAGAAGACGAAAAUUGCGUCAUAGCUGUUCAAUGUCUUGUCUUGGUGGACAAUGUCACUGAAAGCAGGCUAUUGGGUUUGGUGGAGCGCACCAAGGAACAUGCGCUGUUUGUUUUUACCCAUAGAAGAAUGGCGAUAACUGGUGAAGAUGUCACAUUGUAUGACAUUUUUCCCAUCUCUAAUGACUUUGCAGUUGUGGAAGUGUCCUCGGCAGAUGAACUUUCUUUUGUGGGUGCAGACACUAGAGUGAGGCUGAACUUCCAGGAUGGGGAUCUGGAGGUGAGGCUCCCCUUUGGCUCCCACUCUCGCCUUUUCCUCAGUGAGGUCAACAAAGCCUGGAGCGAUGUUUGCAAGUCUCCCAAGGAAGCACCAAAGUUUGAGUGGCUCCACAAGUACCACAAAGCCUCCAAAGGCCAAGGUGGCGUCAAACAGACCCUUGCACCUUUGGGAACGACACACACCAAGAUCAGCCAGCAUAAGAAAACAGGGAACUCAUUGAACGCAGUAAGCAGAUCCCCAGUAGAAGGGAACAAGAGGGUGAACAGUGGAGCGGAUCACCCCAGAGUGGAGUCCGGCCCAGAUAGCCAAGGGAAAGUGAAGCGUGAGGGCUGGGAUGAGCUGAAGCGCGAGGGCAGGCAUGACCUGGUACGCCAGUCCAGCCACACAGCGUCCAACAAAGCCACAAUGCUAGCCAUGCCGCAGUUUGGCCUGCGCGACAACCUCAUCCGCUGUGAGCUGCUCAAGAACGAGGACAUCUACACCUACCUGGAGAAUUUCAGUUUCUUCAUAGGCACAUACAAUGUGAACGGCCAAACCCCCAAAGAAAGCCUCCGUCCCUGGCUGGGCUCCACAUCCGCUCCCCCCGACAUGUACUGUGUGGGGUUCCAGGAGCUGGACCUGAGCAAGGAGGCCUUCUUCUUCAACGACACGCCCAAGGAGACCGAGUGGCUGAAGGCUGUGUCUGAGGGGCUGCAUCCAGACGCCAAGUAUGCCUUAGUGAAACUGGUUCGUCUGGUGGGCAUCAUGCUGCUGUUUUACGUGAGGAAUGAGCACGCCAAGCACAUCUCUGAGAUGGAGGCAGAGACCGUGGGCACCGGCAUCAUGGGUAGAAUGGGAAACAAAGGUGCUGUGGCCAUCCGCUUCCGCUUCCACAACUCUGACAUCUGUGUGGUCAACUCCCACCUGGCCGCCCACGUCGAGGAGUACGAAAGGCGCAACCAGGACUACAAGGACAUCUGCAGUAGGCUGCUUUUCCGCCAGCACGACCCCGCGCUGGCUCCACUCACCAUCAUGAAGCACAAUGUGGUCCUAUGGCUGGGAGAUCUCAACUACAGGCUAAGUGACCUUGACGUUGACAAUGUGAAGGACUUAAUCGCCAAGAAGGAUUUUGAAACGCUGCACAGUUAUGACCAGCUGAAGAGGCAGAUCGAUGAGAAGGCUGUUUUUGUGGGCUUUGUGGAGGGAGAAAUCGGCUUCCUGCCCACUUACAAAUACGACACUGGCUCUGACCAAUGGGACACAAGUGAAAAGUGUCGCGUGCCGGCGUGGUGCGAUCGGAUCCUGUGGCGAGGCAAGAAUGUGCGGCAGCUGCACUACCAGAGUCACAUGGACCUGAAGACCAGCGACCACAAGCCAGUCAGCUCCCUGCUGGAGAUGGGGAUCAAGCUGGUGAACGAAGAGUCUUACAAAAAGACAUUUGAGGAAAUUGUGCGCUCGCUGGACAAGAUGGAGAACGAGUGCAUUCCGUCCGUAACGCUGUCCAAGCGAGAGUUCCACUUCAAAGAUGUGAAGUUCAUGCAGCACCAGGCAGAGACUCUGACCCUCUUCAAUGACGGGCAGGUCCCGUGCCAGUUUGAGUUCAUCCAGAAGCUGGAUGAGCCCACCUACUGCAAGGCCUGGCUCACAGCCAACCCGGCCAAGGGCUUCAUCGCUCAGGGCGGCAACGUGGACAUCGACCUGGAGGUGUUUGUGAACCGCUCCACCGCCACGGAGCUCAACGCAGGCCGCCAGCAAAUCGAGGACAUCCUGGUGCUCCACCUGGAGCGGGGAAAGGACUACUUUCUCUCUGUGACGGGCAACUAUCUGCCCAGCUGCUUCGGCUCGUCCAUCCAGAUCCUUUGCCAACUGAGGGACCCCAUCCAGGAAAUGCCCCUGGAGACCAUCCGGGAGCUGACGUUGUCAGGUGAUGAGACCAGAACCUUAAUCAUCGAUAAGCCCCUGGAUAUCCCUAAAGAGAUAUGGCAGAUGGUGGACCACCUAUACCGUAAUGCUCCUAAACAGGGGGAACUAUUUCAACAACCUGGGCUCCGCAGUGAAUUUGUGGAGAUAAGGGAUUGUCUUGACACUGGCAUGCCAGACUCGCUCCCUGGCAGUAACCACUCUGUGGCAGAAGCACUGCUCCUCUUCCUUGAUGCCCUCCCUGAGCCUGUGGUCCCCUUCUCCUUGUACCAGCAGUGCCUGGAGUGCUGCUCCAACACCAGUCAGUGUAAAAAGGUUGUAUCCUUGUUACCUCAGUGCCAUAAAAACGUGUUUAACUAUAUAGCGGCUUUUCUCCGCGAGUUGUUGAAGCAUUCUACACACAAUAGCCUGGAUGUCAAUAUUUUAGCCAGCAUUUUUGCUGCCUUGCUACUGAGGUCACCCACAAAGCAGGACCUUGCAGAGAAGAGGAAGACCCAAGAGUUCUUUCAGCAUUUCCUAGUCCAGGACCUCUCCUGAAUAGAAGAGGGUGCUCCUGCUGUGUCUUUUAGACACUAUUUUAGUUUAAUGUACAGCUCAGUAUUUGUAAUAAUAAUUGUAAUAAGUUCCUAUUCAUAUAGAUGGCUUUUUGUAUAUGUCCAGUCAGUCAAAUUGUUUAGGCCUACUCUCCUUUUGAUUUGAAAUCAACUAUGUUUUGACAAGCAAUGUUUAACCUGUAAGCUGUUGAUGCACAGCUUUUAUUCUGUCACUGAGUAGCUGUAGUAAACUGACCAUUUUUAAUGUAUGUAUAUUUACCAAUUUAUUUAAAGAAAAUAAAAUUGUGCUGUUUUGUGAAGGCAAAACAGUGGAUCGUUUUAUAUAUGAAAGUAUUUCAAACAGUUGUGGUUUGGCGAUUUCAUGUUUCUUUACCAUUUAGCAAGCAAAUGGAAAAAGUUUGUUUGGAAUAUAAUAAACCCACUGUCACAUUUGU